GAAUAGUAAAGGCAACAAGCUUCACCAUUGUUGAUUUGCCAAAAAGUGUAGAAAGUUAGUGAGUGAGCAUGCAUAUUAUUAACUUUGAUGGUAUAGUAAUAGAGUAGUUUCGUUCAAAACUUUAAUACGCGUAUAAUAUUAGUUUCCAUGUGCCUAAAAAUAUCACUUUACUUUUCAUGUGGUCGUCGGUGCAACCGUAUAGAUGGGACAUUUGGUGCUCCCAAUCUCACGGAAGCCAAGGACCAAUGAUAUUGAUCAGAAUACUUAUCUUGGGAUGAAAAUUGAAGUCAUAAAUUAGAACAACUUAAAAAUCACUUAAAGACGACUAAUACUGCCAGUCUACUACGGAGUAUAAUAUCAGCAAUGUACAUAACUUAAUUAAGAUGAAACUAUCCACAAUCAGUACACAAAAAAAAAAAAAAAAUGAUAAACUUAUUGCAAUCCUUCUCCUACAUUAUUAGCCUUGUUACACUAAUAGCCCUACUAAUCACACCAAGCAGUUGCAAGACUAACAAUUACCUCAUCAACUGCGGAGCACCCACCACAACCUCCGCCGAUAACCAAACAUGGAACACCGAUGAAAACCCAACUUUCGCGCCUUCAACAUCCUACAAAGACAACACGAAAGUAGCCCACGUCAUCAAUGAGGAUCCAUCCUAUUCAGGCAAACCCCCUUGUAGCGGAGCUCGCAUUUUCCAUUCACCUUUCACUUACUCCUUCCCCGUCUCACCCGGCCCUAAAAUCGUGCGCCUUUACUUCUAUACUUCUGCCACCUACGACAAUACCUCCGUUGAUAACUUCUUUCUAACUCUAAAGGCCGACGGAGGCAGUGGUUCCUUCACCCUUUUAGGUAACUUUAGCGCUUAUCUUCACCAACAAUUCUUCAAGAACUCUAUUCCUUUACCUAUUGUUGUGAAAGAGUUCCUUGUUAUGGCUACCUCCUCGCGGCUCAACCUUACCUUUUCACCCACAUUGACGGGCUCUUUGGCCUUUGUCAAUGGCAUUGAGAUCAUCGCGGUGCCAGACAACCUCUACGAUUAUUUCAACCCCCAAUCUUCUGAUGAAACAUCAUCUUCCAACAGGUCUCCACCGAUAGGCUGUUUCCCAGCAAAGACUAACGUGGGCAGUCAAUUACCAUUCUCAAUCUUAAGGCCAACAGCCUUAGAGACAGUGAGACGACUAAAUGUUGGUGGCAGUGACGUGAUUUCGGAAAUGGACUCCGGCGGAAUGUCACGGACAUGGUAUAACGACGCUAACUACAUCGGCGGGAAUUUCAAAGGUGCGAUCCCUAACCCAAACAGAACCCUGAUAACGGACAUCUCUUACACAAUAGUGCCCAAAUACACUGCACCCAACCUCGUGUACUGGACAGCCAGGAUCAUGGGUCCUUACAAUAACAGCUUUAAGUUGAAGAACAAUAUUACGUGGGCAUUUUCUGUGGAUUCUGGGUUUGACUACCUGAUUAGGCUCCAUUUUUGUGAGAUUGAUCCUAGUGUUACAAAUAGACGUCAAAGAGAGUUUGAAGUUUUGGUAAACAAUGAGCAGGCUGAUAAUGAGGUUGACCCCUUCCACUUGGGUAACAGUUUGCGGUCGACUCCGGUGUGUAAGGACUAUGUGACUUCCAUAUAUGAGGGUUCAAGCAAAGCUAGUCUAUCAAUUACUCUUCGUCCAGAUACUGGAAGUUAUCUCACGUAUCAUGAUGUGAUAUUAAAUGGAUUGGAAAUUUUCAAGAUGAGUCAACCAAAUGGGAAUCUUGCUGGGCCAAAUCCUGUUCUCCCCGGCGAUCCAAAUAGGCCCAAUAAGCCAAAUUCGUUACCACCAAGAGGUGGUACAAACUCUAAUCACUUAAUUGAAAUUCUGGUUGGUGUGCUAGGCAGCGUUGUUUUCAUAGCCUUAGUCAUUGCAUCGGCAUUUUGUUGGUUGUUGCGGGAAUCAAGCCAAAAUUACUGUAAGAGGCUCCUUCCAUCCAAUGGCUCCGGAUUCUCCUCCACCAGCAGCGGCGGCUCCUCAUUACCGUCUCAUCUUUGCCACUGCUUCACGUUGCAGCAGAUCAUGGUCGCAACAAACAACUUUGAUGAUCAUUUUGUCAUUGGCGUGGGUGGAUUUGGUAAGGUAUACAAAGGAUCCAUUACAAUAAAUGGUGGAACUGAAAUCAUGGUCGCAAUCAAGCGACUAAACCCAUCAUCUAAGCAAGGGGCUCUUGAGUUCCACACGGAGAUUGUGAUGCUAACAACACUUAGACACGUGCAUUUGGUGUCAUUGAUCGGAUUUUGUGACGAGAAUGGUGAAAUGGUUUUAGUCUAUGAUUACAUGCCUCUAGGAACCCUUCAGGAUCAUCUCUACCAUAAAUAUUCUUUUAGACACAGUGACAAAAUGGAUACCCCAAUAUAUGCUCCCAUGUCUUGGAAGCAACGACUCUUGACCUGCAUCAGGGCAGCACGAGGCUUACACUAUCUACACACGGGUACAGGGAGGGUUAUCAUCCACCGUGAUGUUAAGUCCACCAACAUCCUCCUAGACAAGAACUGGAUAGCCAAAGUCUCCGACUUUGGCAUAUCCAAAGUAGGCCCCUCUAUGAAAGAAGGGGCUCCUACAUAUGUUAGUACAAUAGUAAAGGGUAGCAUUGGUUACCUAGAUCCAGAGUAUAUUCGGCUGAAGCAACUCACAGAAAAGUCCGAUGUGUACUCAUUUGGAGUAGUGCUAUUUGAGGUCCUAUGUGCUCGGCCUGCAAUGAUGCCCUUAUUGCCAAACGAACAAGUAAAUUUGGCUAGGUAUGCAAAAAGAUGCUACGAAGAAGGUACCCUUCAUGAAAUUGUUGACCCUAAUGUAAGGGACGAGAUUGCACCAGUGUGUCUAAGGAAGUUCGGAGAGAUUGCUGAGAUGUGUGUGCGUGAUCAAGGGAGCAAACGACCCUCAAUGGAAGAGGUAGUAUGGUACCUAGAGUUUGCAUUGAAGCUUCAAGAAACUGAUGAAAACAACAAUGAAAUUACUACUAGUAGUAUUAUUCCUAAUUGACAAUGACAAUGGAAUGCGUCGUACUACCAGUGAUUUUGAGUUGAUCACCACCUCAUAGGAAAUAAUAAUCUCAUCCCAAACUAGUUCUAAUGAUCCUAUUAUAACUACAUACAUUUAUACAUCCCAAAGUAGUUCUCUUUAUAUCGUUAUCAUAAUUAAAUUGUAGGUAGUCAACAUUGCAUAAUCAAACUACAAACUAUUGGAUGAGGCAA